CGAGCAGGCACCCAGGAGGAAAAGGCAUCGUCGGAGAAGAGCCAAGAAGACACAAUCGUCAUGAGGAAGAUCAUUCUCACCGGACUGCUCCUCGCGCUGCUCUGCCAGCAGGCGAUGGUGGCGGCGCACGUGUUGAGCCGGCCCUACUCGGCCAACGACCUGGCCAGACUGAAGAGCUUGCUGGAGCAGUUUGAGGACACGCUGGCCAGAGAGGAGGUCGCGGACAACCCCGGGGAUUACGAGGACGCCAAGCCGGAGGAGGCCGAGCAGGGUCAGCCCGGGCCGGAGUGGGACAGAGAGAGAGGAGGCCAGGGGCCCGCUUCGGACCUCAGGGGCCCGGGGGACGGCUAUCAGGCCCAGAGGAGCCGGCUACAGGACCUCCUCAUGUCCACGCGCAGCAAAUCCAGCUCUCCCUGCUUCGGCGGCAAAUUGGACCGGAUUGGAUCCUACAGCGGCUUGGGAUGCAAUUCCAGGAAAGGAUAGUAUUGCCCCGAAGGCACACGGCUACUGACACCAAAAAGACUGCUCUGUACCUACGCUGGCUUUAAACUAACGUUGACUUGCAUGAGAGAGAAAAAAAAGGUUGUCUGGUGUGGUUUGCUACAGAAUGUCAAAGGAGUAGAUCAGAUAUGCACCCAGCUAUUUCACACUAAGCAAAGCCCUCAGUGUACCUCGAGGUUAUUCCAAAUAUCGAAUAUUUAUUAAAAAUGUUGGAGUUAUGUAAA